AUGUCCGGCCUUCAAAAGUCAGGUUAUCUUCAAGUCAAACAACCUUCAAAUAUAAAGGGACGGAAGUUAAAGACAUGGAGAAUGAAAUGGGCUAUUUUACACAAAAUGAGCAACAUCUCUGAAGGAACGUUUGCUGCCAAGUUAGACCUUUAUCCCGACGAGAGCUCUGCUGCCAAGUCGUCACAGGACAAACUCACAUACAUAUUUGAAAAUGUCUCCUGCAUCCAAUCUGCGAAUUCGAAGACCCACAAAUGUGCGUUUGAGAUUGUUGAAACAUACCCAGUAAUAUGCCUUGCAUCCCUGGUUGACGCAGAGACAGUAGAAUGGGCCAAAGCAUUUCAAUAUAUAUUCUGGCCUCCUCCUGGUCCGGAUGGAAAAGAUUUGUUCCAAGUCAUAAUUGAAGAGAACGAAGACUCCAGGAAGUAUUCCCUUAGUGGUGAAUAUUGGAUGAUUCUUUCUCCACAGGAGUUAAAAAUUAAAGCUAUGUCCAAGGCUCAAAUGCUGUCAUGGAAACUCUGCAAUUUAAAACGAUUCAACCUUGAUCAAAGAAAUUCCAAAAUACUCAUUAUUGAAUCAGGAGCGAAAUCAGAUUUUGGUGAAGCCAAAUUCAUGUUCAGGUCCAGCAAUGUCCUGGAUAUAUUCCAGUGUAUCCGAAAGAACAUAGCACGCGCUGUGGAAGCGCGACAACGGAAAUUUUCAGCAGGAUCUUUAGAAGGGCGCGGGAGGACUUCCUCGGCUUCUAAUAGUGAGAAGGGAUAUAAAAUGCUUUUAGAGAGAAGCAGAGAAGAUCUGAAUGGAUCCAUUGACUCCAUUGACAGCUUGAGUGAGACCUCCGAUAGUACAAAGUUGAGAACGAAAAGCCAAGAGAGUUUACAGGAUUCUGUUUCACUUGAAACUUCUCCUCCGCCGAAACCGCCGCGCUUGCUACCUAAACUGGAGCCUACUGGUGAUAACGAUUUAACAAGCUGUUAUGACGAACUUGCACUUCCUUCAGCACCAAAAGUUGAUGUUAAGAAGGAAUCGCCGCAAAUUGUCUCAACGGAAGUUAUUCACGACAAGGAGAACCAACGGUUUGUAGAAGUGAAUCAUGACAGUUACGGUUACAGUCACGUCCAGUGUCCGAUACCGCAGGAUUCUAGAGUCAACAUCGUGCGCUCCGUUUCUGGAUAUGAUGAUGUAGAUUUAAGCCCUACCUCUGAGAAAAAUAAAAAUAUCCCAAAUCGUUUGGAUCAUAACCAAGAUCUUCGGUCUGGUUCUGUCAAAUCUAAUGACUCCGGUUUUGUACCGUGCGAUGCAUCAGAUUCACCUGUACGACAGACAGUCAUUGGUUUAAAAGCCAAUCAUAGGAACAAUAGUUCCUUUGACAGCGCUAUAUCUACGUCAUCCUGCGUUGAGUCUAUCAGUGCCGCGGUCAAUGACGUGCUCAUCGUCACUGAAUUAUCGACUGGAAACAAAACGUAUGAUAACAUCGAUUCUGCAGUUGCAGAUGACCACGGUGAGAUCUACAGUGACAUACAUUCUCAUCCUAAACAUGACAGUCAUGUUAACGAUGAAACAGAGACACAAUACGAAGAUCUUGAAAAAUACCGAAAAGACCUGAAUAAGUACCUCGGCAUGGAUCCUCGAGUGAAUCCCGGCGACGUACCACCGUCUUUGCCAGACAGACCUACAUCGCUUCCGAUUCGGCGGAAAGAGUUCAAGAAAAAGACCAAAAAGUCUAAAUCUAGCAGCAGAAAAGUAACAUUUUCCCGAUUUUUAAGGGAAAGAAAUAGUACGCACAGCCGAACUGCAUCCGUAACAUCGACAUCGUCAUCGUCAUCUGUGUCUGAUGGUGAAGAUGAUUCUCCUCUCCCGAAAAUUCCGACAUUCCAAAUGUUAAAACACAUGCAGAAGAACACUCUUUACGAGCAGACAAGUGUUAAAAACGAUCACGCGAUUGAUGUGGCCGUUUCCCCUAUGAAAGAGGAUACUGUCCCGCGAAGGCAUUCGGUAGAUUCAGUGCUUGUUGGUGCCUCUCAACGUCGCUCUGUUGCGCGUAGUUCAGACUAUGAUGAGGUUCAAAAAGAACCCAAGAAGACAGUCUCAUUUGACUUGCUAACUGGAGAACUUUUGGACGAUUCUGUUGUUACAACUAGUGGCCACAGUGAUUCAGACAUUUUGUCACCAAUAUCCCCAAAGACUCCUUGCUUUCCUCCGACUGUGGAAAUGUUAGUCGCCAUCGAUUUACCAGAGAACAAAUCGCACGAGAUAGUCAUUGAUAGUGCAAAAGGAACAUCAGAAGAUCAGUUGGUAUUCCAUGCAAAGCCUGACGGUAAUUUUGUAUGGGACCCUUUUCCAAAGAUGACAAAAUAUGACCGCCCCUUGAUAGACUUUGAAAGCAAUCAAGAUUUGUCUGAUUCCUCGGAGAACAAGUCCACUUUAUCGCCCGUAACGUUGGACACAACAUGCUAUGAAAUUAUGGCCUCUAUUAAAAAAGUCAACAGUUCGGACAAUUUCGAUUCAGUUGAUUUAUCUAAUAUUGACCCUGUUAAUAGCCCCAUCACCACAUCAACGCCAAACUCAAAAUUCGUUGACAAUAUGGACCCAUUCAAUAUUUUCAGCCAGGAACCUUCAGCUGUGAACUCGCUUCAUAAUAAGACUCAUUCAUCUGAGGUUCUGGUAGAUUCGAACAGUGAUGUUAUUAAAUCUAAUGAAGAACCAGCAUACAUGGACAUGACCAGGGCAGUACCCCCCGUUGAGGAUGAGUACGUGGCGCCCUCAAUGGUAUGA